AUGGAGAGUAUAAAAGGGGUACUUGGUUGUUGUAGAAAGGUUGUCGAGGGAUUGGGGAAGCUGCAUAGAAGAAUAGGAAGCUGCAUAGCAGAUUUUUCUACUUCUGCAGAGAAUAAGAACCUUAAGAACAUAGUACCGUCAAAAAAUGUCGUUUCCAGCGUCUUCUAUCCAACAAUUUGUAAUGAUAAACCCACCAUGGGUUAUUUGUUCCAUGCACUUGCGACAUGUAUGGAAACUAAACAAAUGGGUUUGGGAUCAAAUCGAAAUGCUUCUGUCGUGGGUGUAAUAAAGAAGCGAUGGAAAAGUCAGUUGAGUUCUCCUCUUCAUGCUGUAGCAUAUUUUCUCAAUCCUUAUUACAUCUUUAACCCAGUAACUAAUAUCAUCAAUAAUGAAAUUUCUGAGCCCCAAAUUUGUCUUACCGGAGUUAUAUCAAAAAUGGUUAGUGACCCGCAAGAACAAGCAAAAUGCAUGCUAGAGGAGGGAAGAAUGCGAAUGAUGCAAGGUCAAUUUGCAUCACCAUCAGCACGUAUUGCAGCUCAACAUGGUGAUCCUGUAAGUUGGUGGUUAUCUUAUGGUGUUGAGUAUCCAUCCCUCCAGAAGAUUGCAGUAAAGAUAUUAAGUCAAACAAAUACAUCGUCUGGAUUAGAGAGGAAUUGGAGUGUGUUUGAAAUAAUCUAUACCAAACUACGCAAUCGUUUGCUUUCAUCGAGAAUAAAUGAUCUGGUGUAUGUCCAGUACAAUUUGAAGUUGGAGCAACAAAAAAUUAAAGGUAAAACAAGGCGACAUAACAUUGAUGUUCACGACGUUCAUAAUCUACUGAGGGAUGAAAAUAUGCUUGACUGGAUAACGGGGGAAGACGAAACACCGAUUUUACCUCAAGAAAAACAAUGGUCAAAUAUGCUGGAAGAGGAAGCCGUUAAUAAUCCAGAGCAUGUCCCUCUACCAUACAACUGA